AUGCGUGUUUCGCCUGAGUUCAAUCUAUGCACAAGAGGAACUCCAUGGACAGAGGAAGAACAUAGGAUCUUCUUGCUAGGUUUACAAGAGCUAUGUAAGAGAUACAGCUAUGAGAUAAAGCUACUCACGGAUCAAACAUAUUCAAACCGGAUCAAAAACAUCAUCAAAGCAGCUCUCUUCUAUGGCAAGAGCCAACAACCAAACACUGAACCUAGUAUAGAACUUUCUACGUCUGAUGCCUCUGUCUUCGGUACACAAUGGACUGAAGAUGCAAAUGAAGAUGCACAAACUGUGUCUGGCCGUAAAGAAAGGUGGAAAUGGUCACCAGUAGAAGAUGUUGUGCUCAUCAGUGCUUGGUUGAAUACCUCCAGAUACCCUUUAGUUGGGAAUGAGCAAAAAGCAAACGAGUUGCAUCCUAUUUUUGGAUCAAGUCCUAAGCUGGCUGGUUUGCAAAAGAGAGAGCCAGGCUGUUAUGAUACUGCAACGAAACAGAAAUCUAGUGGCCAGAAUGAGAAUGAUGUAUUGAAGAUGGCUCAUGAAAUAUUCUUCAAUGGUUACAAGGUCAAGUUUACACUCGAGCAUGCAUGGUUAGAGCUUCGGCAUGAUCAGAAAUGGUGUGGAGCUUCAUCUACUAAAUAUAAGAUAAGCUCAAAAAGAAGAAAGUUGGAUGACCAAUACACACAGUCAUCAACCUCUGUGCAAGGUUUCUAUGGAGAGGAUGAAGGAAUUGGUCGGCCUGUUGGUGUUAAAGCAGCAAAGGCCAAAGGUAAAAACAAGGCAAAGACUUCAGAAGAGGAGGUGAAGUCGCUUGUGGAGUUUCAGAGUAUGUGGGAGAUAAGGCAAAAGGAUUUCGUUUUGAAGGAGAAGCUUAAUAAGCAAAAAUUGCUUGACAGCCUUAUAGUCAAGAUUGAGCCACUUAGUGAGCUUGAAAUCGCCUUAAAAAAUAAACCAAUUACUGACAUGUUGUCAAGUUAG